GACGUCACUGCAUGCCUUUACGUGAACCAGAGCAGAACACCACGCCGAUUGCCAACUGCAUGGCACGAUGAACGUCUCGGAGAGGGUCACACUCGAAUUCGGCGACUACUCGAAACAGCACAGAGCAACGCUCGCUGAAUUGGCUCACCAUGAAUACCAAAAGGGCAGCUAUGACAGAGCCGAGCAACUGAGUAUGGAGCUGUGGCGGCAUGACCCGGAUAACACCGGCUGCCUUCUUCUUCUGUCAUCGAUUCACUUUCAAUGCCGACGACUCGACAAAUCCGCCCAUUUCUCGAAACUCGCCAUCAAGGCCAAUCCACUUCUCGCCGAGGCCUAUUCGAACUUGGGUAACGUGUACAAGGAGCGCGGACAACUACAACAGGCGCUAGAAAGCUACAGACACGCUGUCCAGCUGAAGCCCGAUUUCAUUGAUGGCUAUGUCAACCUGGCGGCCGCGCUCGUCGCCGCUGCUGACCUGGAGGGCGCCGUUCAGGCGUACGUGACCGCGCUGCAUUUCAAUCCGGAUUUGUACUACGUGAGGAGCGAUCUUGGCAACCUGUUGAAGGCGCUCGGACGACUAGAAGAAGCCAAGGCUUGCUAUCUCAAAGCGAUUGAGACGCAGCCAAAUUUUGCUGUCGCUUGGAGCAACUUGGGAUGCGUGUUCAACGCGCAGGGAGAGAUAUGGCUUGCCAUACAUCAUUUUGAGAAGGCUGUGCAGUUCGAUCCAACGUUUUUGGACGCCUACAUCAACCUUGGAAAUGUCUUGAAAGAGGCAAGAAUAUUUGACAGAGCUGUAGCUGCGUACCUUCGAGCUCUCAAUCUCAGUCCAUCAAAUCCAAUCGUUCACGGCAACUUGGCUUGUGUUUAUUACGAGCAAGGAUUGAUUGAUCUUGCAGUGGACACAUACCGCAGGGCUAUUGAGCUACAGCCUCACUUUCCUGACGCGUAUUGUAAUCUAGCAAAUGCUCUCAAAGAGAAAGGAAGGGUCCAUGAGGCAGAGCAAUGCUACAACACGGCACUAACGAUGUGUCCAACUCACGCAGACUCUCUCAACAACUUAGCAAACAUCAAACGAGAACAGGGAAAGAUUGAGGAGGCAACAAAACUAUAUGUGAAAGCAUUAGAGAUAUUUCCUGAAUUUGCUGCUGCUCAUUCCAACCUUGCCAGCAUUCUUCAGCAGCAGGGCAAACUACAAGACGCUCUUGCUCACUACAAGGAAGCCAUUAGAAUCGCGCCCGCGUUUGCUGACGCCUACAGCAACAUGGGAAACACACUGAAAGAGAUGCAGGACAUACAAGGAGCUCUCAAGUGUUACACACAAGCCAUUCAGAUCAACCCGGCUUUUGCUGACGCUCACAGCAACUUGGCAUCUUUACAUAAAGAUUCAGGGAAUGUUCCAGAGGCGAUUGCGUCGUAUAGGAUGGCGUUGAAGUUGAAGCCGGAGUUUCCGGAUGCGUAUUGUAAUCUCACACAUUGUUUACAGAUUAUCUGUGAUUGGACCGACUACGAUGCUCGUAUGAAGAAAAUCGUUGCCAUCGUCGCUGACCAACUGGAGAAAAACCGUCUCCCAUCUGUUCAUCCUCACCACAGCAUGUUAUAUCCUUUAUCACACGCCUUUAGGAAGGCGAUAGCUGCAAAACACGGCAGUUGGUGUGUCGACAAAGUUCAAGUGCUUCACAAGGAGCCAUACGAACACAGUCGAGAUCUCACUGCGUCAGGAGGUCGUCUUCGUAUCGGAUACAUUUCCUCCGAUUUCGGAAAUCAUCCCACGUCUCACCUCAUGCAAAGUGUGCCGUCGAGUCACAACGAAUCGAAAGUCGAGGUUUUUUGUUACGCUCUUUCUCCUGAUGACGGGACGGCAUUUAGAAAGAAUAUUGCGAAAGCAAAGCAUUUGAUUGAUCUCUCACAGGUUGUCGACUGUGGGCAGGCAGCUGAUCUUAUUCACUCGCAUGGCAUUCACAUUUUGGUGAAUCUGAAUGGAUACACGAAGGGAGCAAGGAAUGAGGUGUUUGCGCUGAGACCAGCUCCGAUACAGGUUAUGUGGCUAGGAUACCCGGGCACAAGCGGCGCCACAUUCAUGGACUACAUCAUCACCGACCGAGUAACAACUCCCUUCGAGUACCGCGACCACUUCAGCGAGAAACUCGCCUACAUGCCCAACACCUUCUUUAUCGGUGACCACGCCCACAUGUUUCCCCACCUCCUACAAGAAGGAACCGGCGAAGACAUCACAGAAGAACGAAUAAAACAAAUCACGCAAUCGAACCCGCACUACACGCAAACCAUACCAAACGACAGUGACGAACACUCAGCACCUCAAGUCGGUAUCGUCCCCCCUGCGGCACCAAACGUCAACAAAGGAUUGACAGUGAAGAUGUCAGGGGGUGAGAUAUACCCACCCAUUCUCCCCCUGACUCUCCGCGAACACUACGGGCUUCCGGACGACGCGAUCAUUUACUGUAACUUCAACCAGUUGUACAAAAUUGAUCCUGCGACGCUCGUCAUGUGGCUCAACAUCAUCAAGCGUGUGCCAGGCAGCGUGCUGUGGCUGCUCAAGUUUCCCGUCACCGGCGAACCAAAUAUACUGAAUGCGGCGGCGUCUGCGGGUCUCACAUCCGGUCGUGUUGUGUUCUCGCCUGUCGCACCGAAGGAGGAGCACGUGAGACGAGGGAAAGUGGCGGAUGUUUGUUUGGAUACGCCACUUUGUAAUGGGCACACGACAGGAAUGGAUGUAUUAUGGGCCGGUAUUCCCAUGCUAACUCUUCCUGGUGAAACACUCGCAUCACGUGUAGCCGCCUCACAACUCAUGACCCUCGGAUUCCCAGAACUCGUUGCAAAGUCAAGACAAGAAUACGAAGACACAGCAGUUCAACUGGGAAACGACCCAAAACGGUUGAAAUCUUUGAAGGCAAAGAUAUGCCGUGCACGCGUCUCGUCUCCACUCUUCAAUGUCGAGAGAUACACACAAGACCUGGAGAGCGUCUUCUUCAAGAUGUGGGACAGACACACAAACGGAUUGGAACCCGACCAUCUCGUCGACUGACACCACCAUGUCAACUGACCUCAUGGCUGCUGGCCAGAUGUAGAUACAGAGACACGACAUAAUCACAUAAUUGCUUUCUUUGUUACAAUUUGGAUGAGGAUUUUAUUAUUGGUGACGUAA